AUGAAUCGGACGGCAGGAUCGGGAGAUGACGAUUUGACUGCGUCGACUCAACAGAUGCUCAAUAAUACACCGGAAAGCUCAUUUUUGACAUCAAGAGAGGCCAAUGAACACACGACGACGAGGCUGGAAACGUUGAUGCAUCUUUUCAAGGGAAAUGUUGGCACGGGGUUGCUGGCGCUGCCGCUCGCUAUUUACCAUGGCGGAUGGGUCCUUGGGCCUAUUAUGCUCCUUCUCAUGGCCUUGAUGGCUACUCACUGCAUGCACCUGUUGGUGAAGGCGUCGCAACAUCUCUGUCCGAUCACGGGCUGCUCGAACUUAGAUUACGGCGAAGUGGGUACAGCGACGCUCGAGUACUACGGCUCGCCUUGGUUUAGGAAACAUGCCGAGCUUGGCUCGAAAAUUGUGAAUCUGUUUAUCAUCGUGACGCAGUUCGGGUUCUGCUGUGCCUACUUCGUCUUCAUUGCAGCGAAUAUCUACGAAGUUAUGGUUGAGUACCUCGAUGAAAGCUCCUCAUUCGCGAAAAUGCUCACGGAUGAUCCGCACAACUCGCAGCGAGCGAUAAUGGCAAUACUGGUCGUUCCUUUUUGCGCUCUUUGCUCAAUUAGAAAUUUGGAUCAUCUAGCUCCCUUCUCCGCCGUGGCGAAUUUGGCAACUGGGAUUUCGGUUGCCUUCAUCUUCUCGUACUUGAUUCCACACGCUCAAGAUACGUCCCAGUUUCCUAAAGUCCAAUCCUUCAAGAACUUUGCCCUCUUCUUCGGCGCAGCCUGCUUUUCGUUCGAAGGGAUCUCCGUUGUCCUACCCCUUGAAAAUAACAUCGACAAGCCUGAAGACUUUCCAAUGAUUCUUAACAUUGGAAUGUUCUUUGUCACAGCGCUUUACGUUACCAUGGGUGUUUUAGGCUACCGCACAUUUGGGGACACGAUUUGUGGCUCAGUGACACUAAAUCUUCCAGAGGGAGAUCUUUAUGCUGCGACGAAGAUCCUUUAUUCAUGCGUCAUCUUUAUCAGCUUCGCGGUUCAAUUCUACGUACCUAUUACGUUCCUCUGGCCGGCAUUUAAAGAUAAAUUCUGCUCGAGAACAGCACAUCCUGUUCGAAAUGAGCUUUUCUUUCGCUACAUGCUGGUCGGGCUCACCGGCGCUCUUGCGAUCGCUAUUCCAGAUUUGGGGGACAUCAUCUCUUUAGUUGGCGCACUUGCUUCUUCUAUGCUCGCCUUGAUUCUCCCGCCUUUGAUAGACAGUGUAAUUCUGCAUCAUAAUCAGCCUCUGCGAAAAUGGAAAUACGUGCUCAUCCUCGCGAAAAACGCCCUGAUAUGCAGUUUCGGCGUAAUGGGAAUGGUCGUUGGUACAGUUAUUUCGAUGGAGCAACUGAUCACUGACCUUUCACCGUCGAAAAACUCAACUAGUAGCUGUGUUCAGGCGAAUAGCACCACCUUUGAAAUGUACCAACAUUUUAACGUUUGGGACCAGCAAUUUCCAGAAUCGGAUUCUUUCUUUUAA